AUGGCUGCCUCCGAGGACCUCAUCGACUUCAAUAUUAUUGAAGCGCAGAAGGAAAACGUUCAAUCGCUCCCCGGUGGCCGUUCAGCCAGAGAACUCGCCCGCAUUUUCUCUGGUGGCAGCAACAGUGACAGCCUCGCGACCCCCUCGCCUAACGAUACACGAACACUCAAUGGAGCCAUCCGCCAAGAAUACGAAAAUGAAUUACAAGCCAUAGGAGAAUCUGACGAUCCGCUCGAUGUUUACGACCGCUAUGUGAAAUGGACUUUAAAUGCAUACCCCUCUGCUCAAGCGACUGCCGAGUCCGGCCUCCUCCCGCUGCUGGAGCGUGCGACUAAAUCUUUCCUAUCGUCAACCCACUACAAAAACGACCCGCGCUACCUCAAAUUGUGGCUUCACUACAUUAGGCUAUUCUCUGAUGCGCCUCGCGAAACCUUUGCAUUCCUUGCACGCCAUCAUAUAGGUGAGGGAUUGGCCUUGUUUUACGAAGAAUUUGCUGCGUGGUUAGAAGGUGCCGGACGCUGGUCUCAGGCCGACGAGGUAUUCAGGCUCGGCGUGGAUCGCGAAGCACGUCCAGCUGAACGAUUGUUACGAAAAUACAGCGAAUUCCAACAUCGAUACGAGGCGCGGCCGCAGGACGCGGGGCCAUCCUCGCCAGCUCUGCCAGCUGUUCGCCCCGCACUGGCCGCGAAGAUGGACCCAUUUUCCCUGACAGAUCCCUCUGGAGACCAGCAGGCCUCCCGGCCAUCACCUCAGGCUGCUGGUGCGAAGACGAAGUCUGGAAAGGCAAAGAUGGCUAUUUUCUCCGAUGCUGACGCGAUUUCUACCGAACAACCGGCUGCUAGCGGCGUCACGAAGGGCUGGGAUAGCAUCGGAUCCAUGCGAGAUCGAAAGAAGGAAAACGAGGUCGAGGCAAAGCCGUGGGUUGGAGAGACAUUGAAGGCAGGAAAGAAAUCGGCGCCGAAGGAAAAAAUGGCCAUUUUCAGGGACGAGUCAAAUCCAAAUCCUCCUCAAGAAGAAGUUUGUGCCCCCCGGCAUAUUCCGGAACACCAUGUAAGAGAAGCGGUAAAUCCACGAACUGGCCGACGAGAACGCGUGUUUGUCGACCUGGAAUCGGUAUACCCCGACUACAAGAACCCUGCGCACGAGGUCAGCUUUGAGGAACUGAGGGCGAUCAAGCGGGGAUGGAUGAGCAAGAAUUGGCGGACGCAGAAGGAGCCUCUGAAGCAAAUUUCAGGCAACUCCGCCAGUGAAUUGCAAUUGACACAACCCGAAGCACCGGGCUUUGAUGAAAAUUUGCCAGACCAAUUCGACCAGAAGUUGGCCAUUGAUGAGAAGUCCCCAACGCAGGCACAAGAUGAAUCUUUGGAAGGCAAAUCUGGUAAAGCGAGGAGGUUCAAGGUCCAUGGGGACUCGCAGACUCAAACUGGUAAUUUUAACAUUCACCACUCUUUCUCUAAACCCGAUGCUAAUUAUGUUGCAGUCAAAAUGAAGUUUGACUCUCCUACAAACUCCAAGGUUCGUCGGAAGAGCACCAGAGAGCCGACAAUGACCAUGCACACGCGAGCUGCUACGGAUGAAAUCUACAGCAUAUUCAAUCAACCUUUGAAAGCUGAAGAGGAAGAUGCAGCCGAUAGUUGUUUCGGCAGCGACUACGACGAUGAUGAUUGCGCUAGCACUGCAGAUACUACUGGUCAUAUCUCUGCGACUUCAAGUGACUUUGGUGACGACGAGACCCAGACAUUUCAUAAGUCGCUGGAUGAUACGGAAUACGGUGAAGGCGAUACUACUCACCCCGAAAGUGUUGUCGGAGACGAUUGGACUGAGUUCAGCGUCAGUCGAGAUGUCCCUGGCGCCGAAUCGGCAGAUGCAACGUCUCAUUCGGUCAUUAGCGAAGGUGUACCUGAAGAUUCACCACACGGGACUCCUGAAAGAAGGGGCUUCAUGCCUCAGAUGCCAGAAGAUUAUGCUCCGCCUUGUGGGACAUAUAGAGAUCCUGCGAUCAUGGCCCAGAACCGUUUGCCCUUCAUGACUCCGAUUGUGGAGCGCACUGAGUCUUCUAUCUCUAUGACUGCUGCUCGGAAUGCUCUUUCCAAUGCUAAAACACCAUCAAGGCCUCGAACACCUUCUGGUGUCCCGCAAAUGGGUGACCUUUUGCUGUCCAGUCCAUUGGGAGGUGCUACGCCAUAUCACGGAGACCACACCGUGAACUCCACAGCCGAUGUUCCAUUCAGUCCCACUGCGUUCAAAGCCCUUGCUCCCAAGCAGCGUCGACGAGAGGUCAUUAUCAAGGAGGCACAAUGCAAUCCGACAGACAAAGGCAUUCGCAACACGAUCUUGAAUUCCUUAGAACCUCCGCUAGCGACAUAUGCAGGCUAUCAUGGCCAUUCUCAAGCCAGCAACUAUUCUUCCAUGAUUCAAAAGUUUGUGAAGACUCAUAGCAGACGAUCUAAGAGUGGCGAUGAUGAAGCAUACGACAUGCCAAUUCUUGAAUUUCCCGGUGCAGAGCGAAGCUACAUCAUCCGUCGUGAGCUCGGUGCAGGCGCCUAUGCCCGGUCUUCCUAUAACUCCGAUUCUGGUGACGAAAACAUGUCUUUCAGUGGUAAAAAUACCUUGACCAAGAAAUCCAACCUCUGCGACACCGCCCGGCACCCAUUUGAAGCCGUCAAGGUCGAGAACGGACCUUCAAGCGCCUGGGAAUUUUACAUGAUCCGCACCGCCCAUGAACGUCUUCGCAAAUCCCCCGGCCACGCGCGCGCCACAGAUAGCAUUGUCCGCGCGCAUGAACUCCACGUCCACCAGCGCGAAAGCUUCCUUGUUGAGGAUUAUCGUGGCCAAGGCACCCUGUUAGACCUUGUCAACAUUCUCCGCAAUGAACCCAUCUCCUCAACCCACAACAGCGAAGGUGGCCUCGAAGAAUCCCUUGCCAUGUUCUUCUCCGUCGAACUCUUCCGUACAGUCGAAGCCCUCCAUGCCAACGGCAUCCUCCACGGCGAUAUCAAAGCAGACAACUGUCUCGUCCGCCUCGACGAAGAAGACCCACCCAGAAAUGCCUUCUCCCUGCUCGAUCUUGGCACCGACGGAUCAACCCAAGAUCCCCGCGACAGCAUUUACUACUCCCCAAGCGGAGCUCUGGGCUGGCGAAACAAGGGUCUCGCCCUCAUCGACUUCGGUCGUGGGAUCGACAUGAACGCAUUCAGUCCCAGCGUCCAAUUCAUCGCAGACUGGGAAACGGGUACUCACGAAUGCAACGAAAUCCGUGAAAUGCGUCCCUGGACCCACCAAAUCGACUUGUACGGAAUUGCCGGUGUCAUUCACGUCCUUCUCUUUGGUAAAUACAUCGAAUCCGCCGCCGUCCGUAGCAGUUCCGGCACAUCAAGUACAUACCGCAUCCGAGAAUCGUUGAAACGAUACUGGGACCGCGAGCUGUGGGCUGACGUUUUUGAUUUACUUCUCAAUCCUGGUUCUGAGAAGUGGGUCUCUGUGGAAAUGGACGCUGAGGGGGAAAACUUCAAUGGGUUUGCGUUGCCGGUUUUGCACUCUAUGCGGAAGGUGCGCGAGGCCAUGGAAGAUUGGCUUGUGCUUCACGCGGAGAAGAAGGGGCUUGCGUUGCAGUUGAGAAAGAUUGAGGCGUUGCUUUCCGAGAGGAAGAAGAAGAUGGAGCGUUCUUGA